AUGGUUGAUAAACACGUAACCGGUUUUGAUCCAUAUUCAGGAACAAUUACAGAUGAUGAAAUAAAUACACUAGCCUAUGAACGUGUUUUUAUAUUAGCAACAGCUCUUCGACAUGGUUAUACAAUUGAACGUUUGUUGCAAUUAAUAAAAAUUGAUCGAUGGUUUCUUUAUAAAUUUGCACGAAUUAUUCAAUUUAUUGUUAAUCAUUCGGAUUCAUCCAUUAUUCAAGAUCAAUCACUUUUACUUGAAGCAAAACGUUUAGGUUUUUCUGAUAAACAAUUUGGUAUUCGACCAUUUACUAAUAUAACAUAUAAUAUUGCUGGUAUUCCAUGUCCAUCAUUUCCAAAACAACAAGCACCAAUAGGUUCUUCAUAUCCAAAUGUUCAAUUAACAUUUUGUUAUGGAACUCCAUAUAUGACUUCAACUUAUCUCCUACCAAUAGUUACAAAUGGUUUUAAUGAUAAUUGA